AUGUCUCAGAUCGACCUGCCCAAUGAAAUCUUUUUCAUGAUCGCGCAGCAUCUGCUAACCCCUGCCAGCAUUUCCGCGUUGAUGAGAACCGAUCGUCGGCGGUAUCACCUUCUUCGUGAUUACCUCUAUGAUCAGAUAAUUGGCAACGAGAAGAACGAGACGAUCAACUGGGCCGCCAAGCAUGGCUUUGAAAACAUCGUGCGGGCGAUGCUACGACGAGGAGGCGAUAUUCUGGUUGACAAACCCUCGUACCUAGAUGAGACCUCGGAGCCCAUUUCCAGGCAAUGGCUCUACAUAGCCAUUGAAAAUGCUGCGGAAAGUGGACAUACAAAAAUAGUGAAGCUAUUACUUGAACGUCAGCCCAGUGCACUGAAUAUGCGUUCAGGUUACGAUACUACCCCUCUUCGCAGAGCAGCAGGCAGCGGCCAUGCAGAGACUGUCAAGUUUUUGUUGGAACAUUCUGCCAACAUCCCAUCGACUGCGAUCAGUGGGCUUGGCUUUGGCCCUCCUCGCGCCUUUGACUUCAGUGGUGUCCUGAGUGAAGCGCUGCAACAGGGACAGGAGGAGAUUGUGCACGUCUUGCUGGAGGAUGCUCGCGUGCACCUAGAUGACCAGAGUCUACCCGCGGCUGCUUGGGGUGGAAACGAGAACAUUGUUGACCUCUGUCUGCGUGAAGCCCCUCGAUGGACACCCCAAAGCGGGUAUCAUUCACCAUUGGGAGCUGCCGCGCUGCGGGGGCAUGAAGCCGUUGUUAAGAUGAUGUUGAGUGUGGAUGGUGUUGAUCCAAACAUGAGGGACAAUUCAAUGCGAACUCCUCUCUCCGUUGCCGUGCAAUCCGGGCACUAUAACAUUGCAAAGAUUCUUCUUGCCACAACCGGUGUUGAGUUUGACGCCAAGGAAAAUUCUGGCGAGACUCCCCUCUGCCGUGCUGCCGAAAAUGGUGACAUAGCAUUGGUCAAGGAUAUACUAGCCACCGGUGCGGUCGAAGUUGACAGCAAGGACUCUUCUGGUUUCACUCCUUUGUGUUCCGCCGCGGCAUCGGGCCACGAGAAGACUGUAAGCCUGCUCAUCACAGCGGGGGCGAACCCCGAUCACCGAACCCUGGACCGGGGGACUCCAUUGACAUAUGCCGCAUUCUUUGGGGCAGCCAAAGUGGUCAAAGUCCUGCUGGAAACUGGAAGAGUAGAUCCGAACGCGGGCGACUACUGCGGGAGAACACCAUUAAUACAGGCGGCUCGGUCGGGCAGAUUUUUGGGUAGAUCUGACGACUUUGUCCGUACUCGGGCAUAUGAGGAAGAAACGGAGAAGAUCAUCGUUCCUCUACUAAAAGGAGAGACUAUAGCAGUCCCAAUCAUGAAUGAUGAGACGUUCGAACAAGAUGCAAUGCAGGAUACUUCGACUCGACAGGCGUCGUCGGUGAUGGAACAGUUGCUCGCCCUAGAAGAAGUUGACCCUAAUGUGCGGGACAGUUCAGGUCGGACUGCUCUAUCUCACGCUGCAGAAAUGCAUGAGGUAGCAGCUGUGCGAAUCUUGACGGAAGAUAAGCGAGUGGACGUGAAUAUUGUCGAUCAUGAUGGUUGGACUCCAAUGACCUGGAUUAAAAAGAAGGUGAAGCCAUAUCCUUGGUAA